AUGCCUCAUGAACUCAUUCGUCGAUCAACUGGUCUUUGUAUUAUGCCAUCAAUUGAAAUCUGUGCAAUUGAAAAUAGUACUGAACACAAAGAAAAUAACAUUAAUCCGUUGUCACAAGCAAUAUGUAUGGAAUACUUAACAGCAAGCAUUCAAGUAUCUAAUGAGUUAGAUCUUUCUAAUGAUCUAGACAGAUAUAAUAAUGCAUUGAUUGCAUGUAUUCAUGAUUAUGAAACAACAAACAAUAGAAAUUUUGGUGCAAGUAUAGUGAAUAUGAUUAUCAAAGAUGGUAUUCAUAGACAACAACUUGACGAUUUCGAAUUUGAUUUAAAAACAAAUAGAAGCAUGAGCAUAAUUAAUAAUGCUGUGAUUAAUGCAAGUAUCCAAACAAACAUUCUUCUUGCCAUGACAACACAAACAUCAGUAAAAGAUACAAUAAGCACAAUAACAUUGACAAAUUCCAGAAUUACUACAAUGCGAACAACAACAUCGGACUGUUCGAUAACUGUUAUAUCAAUUCGUAUUGUUCUGAGUUUUUUCUUAUUUUCAUCUUUCAUCAAACUUUUUUAUUUAUUUAUUUAA